UAGGGCUGCGCGCACACGGCAGCCGCCAGCCGUCCGCUUCGUACGUUCGUGCGCAUCGCCCCCGUUCGCUCCGCGCGCCUUGAUGCACUCGCCGCCUUCCUACUGCUGCCCCGCGAGAGUGCAUACGAUUACCAUUCGCGCAGCAGGUGAGGUUGGGGCCGACGAGGCCCCGGCCGCUCGGAGUACGCUCGACGUGGUAUUGAUCGCAUUCCGUCCCGUUGGACUAUCCAAUGUUUAUAAACAGCCGGCCGCAUCCAUUCGCUCCCUGUUUUCGGUACGAUUGUCUGACAGCGAGUGAUCCGGACUGCCGGUCCUGAAUGCGUUAAGGUUGCAACUCCAAACAACCGCCUGCCGAAGUUUAGUCACAUUGUCCAGGAGACAGUAGUCAAUAAGCAAGAAAUGUUCACGUGGACUGGGUCACGUGGCGGAGAUAAUAACAAUAGAUCUCAAUAGAGUACGAAAUAAUCGAUAAUUAACUAGUGAGUGAAAGUGAUAUAUACUUAAGACUGAUAAGAAUAUGAAUUCUAUAGAUGGUUUAUUAAAGGGAAACGCGUGAAAUGUCAGGAGUUAAUUAGAGAGACAGCGAUGCUGUCGUAUAUGGUGCCGGUGGAGCAGAAGCCGCCGGUGGCGCCGGCGGGCAAGUCGCGGCUGGCGCUGGAGCUGGCGGCGGCGCCCGGCAGCCCCGAGUCGGCGGCGCGGCGCGCGCUCAAGACCGCCAUCUCCAAGGACUCGUCGACCAGCUCGUUCGCCAGCGACCUCACCCUGUCCUCCUCCACGCCCACGGGCGCGCACGACAAGCCCAAACACAAACUGCUCUCCAACGGCACCAAACACACCUCUUUGAAGCGGGUGUCAUUCGGGAGCUCUAAGGGGUCUAUGGUGGAGACUCUGAUCUACGAGAGCCCCCUUCAAGAGGAGCCCGAAAGCAGUCCUCCGCCAAAGUUGCAGGAGACUGCGUUUCCUUACACCCCCGUGGAGGACGAUUCGGAGCGCGCCAAGGUCCGCGUUUCGUUCUACCAGGGCGCACGCCCGCAGUGCCUGUCCCCACCGCCGCCCGCCUCGCACGAGCUGUACGCGGCCCUGCUCGCGGCGCACACCGACAUGGCGGACCACGCCGCCUACAACCGGCAGAUCAGCACGGAGAGCGGCUGGGACAACCCGUUCCGGCCGGACGGCGACUUGAGCCGCGAGGCGGACGAGAUCGUCUCGCUGAUCAAGGGCGGGAAGCCCAUCACGCCCACGCCCACUGCGCAGCCGCAGCUCGCGCCCUGCGAGGAGGUGGACAAGCAGCACGCUAACAACCUUAGCGCAAAUGCGCCCUCUUCGCCCCAGACGAAAGUAUCGAGUCCGGUGUUGGCGAGCACUCCUAAGGCGAUGAACGGCACUAAGAACGGCGCGGCGGGCGAGGCGCGCGCGGGCGCCGUGGAGGUGAGCCGCGCGCCGCCGCCCGAGCCGCAGCAGCCCGAACACGUCACCAUCAAGAAGAAGCCCAAGUGCAAGUGCUGCGUGCUGCAGUAACCGCCCCCCACCCCCCCCCCCUCCCGCGGCCGCCGCACUGCGCGCAAGCACCGCCCGCACCGUACGUUCGCUUCUCUAUUCGUCGCAUGACCCAUCUCGCCCUUGGUGUUUACACGGUGCUAUUUCAUUUUUACCCAUGUUCACAAUUUUAACGUUUCUCGAUGGAUUUCUAUAAUUACAUUUAUUGAAAUUAAUAGGUUAUCAAUACGGUUUUUCCGACUAUCAAUAUAUUAUUUGUGAUAUUUUACUAUUAUUACAAGUUUACAAAUAUUUGUCCGCUACUUAUGUAGUGUUAGUUAGGGUUCCGUACCUAAAACCUAUAAAUCAUAUUUUAUUUGGUCUGGUCUAAGUCUAAUUUAUCACUAUCAUUGAAUAUCAAUCCCGCAUUUACCAACUACAAAACCUAUAAUUAUUAGUACAAAACAAACUUCUAUAAAACUUUUAUAGUAAAAUUUGUACUUGUAAGUUUUUAACCCUAAUUCAAACUUAAGACCCACCUCCAUUGGUUGAGUUGUACUAAGAACCAGUUACAUCUACCAUAUUUAGCGAACUGAUCAACACCACUCGGCAAAGAACUAUGAAACUUUGCAUACAUAAUACUUGGAUGGAGACAGACGAUUUGGUGCAACUGACCCUUAUUGUUGUACAGCCUAUAGCGAGGACUACAUAGUACGGAAUCCUAACCAAUUGAUUGUAACUCGUAAGAGUACCUUUUACUUUAAUCUUGAACCUUAUUUUUAUCUGCAUUUUUAAAUACUUUCAUUUGUUAAUGAACGUAAUGAGGUUAUACAUAUAUUUAUCAAAUUAAGGUACAAAGAAAAGUAUUUAUUUCAUUUAGCUAGUUUCACUGAAAACGUAAGAUUUUAAUUUAUUACUGAUUAUACCGAUAAAUCUGUUCGUAAAUCCAGUGUUAUGCCGCACUUGUACACUUGUACAGGGUCGCGCAGUACUUGAUGUCGCUAAUCGCUAUGCGAAUUAAUAAACAAAUGAAUCUCAGGAUUAUUACUUUCUCAGAGAAAGUAAAUAACAGAAGAGAACAUUAAACCGGUUAACAUGUCAAAUUGUUACUAAUUUUGUGCAGAAUACAGAUAUUUAAUUAAAUUUACUGGCACAUUUCAAAUUGUAAUAAAAUAUACUGUAAUAAUCGUGUUACAAUGAAUGUCAUAAUUUUGGAAUACAUAAUUUAUUUUAGAACUGUUACUUUAGAGUUGAAUGUGUUAAAUAAUAUUUAGACGUAAUCUUAAUGUAUAUUUUUUAUAUGUUUAUUUAAAAAGUAUUAUGAAACAUACAUAAAUUGAAAUGUUUGGAUAUUUAAGUCGCGGGCCGCAACAGUGGACUACCUACUUAGAGCGACCACUUACUGAAUUGAACUUUUUUUCGACAUAAAUAUGGUCUAAAUGUAAUAAAUUUAUCAAUGAAUGUUACGAUUGUUGUUACGAUAUUAAUGUAUCCCUCUAAAAUAAUUUACGCUUGCGUCCAGUAGUGUUUUGUAAAACUUAAAUGCUUUUUACAAUGAUGUGACACGAAUUAGGUUUUUACCUAUUUUUUAAGAUAAAAUUAGAUGCAUUUCGAUGCUCAAAUUCAAUUCUGACGUAUCUUAUUAGUUUUUGUAGAACAAUAGAUACUUAUCAAUAUCAUUUGAAAGGUCUUUUCAACAUAUAUGUGCUCAAAUAUUAUGUCACAUGAAUAUAUGUAGUAUAUUUGAGCAUUUGAUCUAAGACAGCGACACAAGCAACGGAUCCUGUUCCAAUUUUGUCGUAGAAAUGCAUUAGAAAUGUCGCAGUUUUACUCUAGGAGCAAAAACGUUUUGCUGUUAACUGCGAUUCAGGUUUUGUAAGGAGCUGUGUUCUUGGAUUUCUUAGUCUAAAAUAAUACUUGUCUACAAGGAAUAACAUUUUCUUAUAACAUCGUAGUCAUUUUUUUACUGAGGACUAUUGUUUAGACUUUUAGCAAUAUCUAAUUCAUCGUUAUUUAUUUACUUAUUGAUUGUAAGAACCAAAUAAUGUUGAUAAUUGAUAUAAGAACACGACUUAAAGGUGUUCUUCCUAGUGGACUAACGACAUCGCUAGGAGCUGUAAAUUGUAUCACAUAUUCUCGAGCACCGUAUGUGCAAGGAGUAUUGAUGAAACAGUGAAAUAAUUCAUCUUUAGCAUUAGAUUGUUUAGUACAAGAUACUCGUAUUUUAUUAGAUGGAUAAUUAAAUGAAUGCAUUUCAAGAUACACUUCUCUACUGCGAUCCAUAUUUUUACCAUGUUUUAUGUCGAAUACAUGUUUACUUGGGCACACAUAAGGGAUCCAUUCUUUAUAUAUACACUGUCUUUUAUUCGGUAUAAUUUAUGAACAUAUGAAUUUUUAUUGAACGUAACCUAUUUAAAAUUAAUUCCGAAAAGGCGGCUAUUCAAUAUUGGAUUACGAAAUUAUGAUUUUAGAAACAAAAUUAUAUUUUUAUUACAUUAGUUGCAAUAGUACUUAUUGUAAGUCAAUUAAUCCACUAGUGCAAAUAGUCGCCUUUAUAUUGUUUGAUAAAAUCUGUAUAUAACAUACAUUAAGGAAGAUUAAAUGAGGGAUAAAAUUAGGUCUCAUUGUGUUGUCGAGUAGUUGGUAGCCGUCGACAGGCUGCUGGCUAGACAAGGGGCACCGAGAGUACGAGGCGGUCGAUUGGUUUAUACUUUUUGUAACAUUGCUCUCGGAUUAUUAUUGUUAAUCUAAGUCUAAAUAGAUAUGUAGAUUAUUUAUAAUUUGCACGACCUAUCUACAUUAUUGUAAUAAUAUUGAAGAAAUAGGAUACCUGCCUUUGUUAUAAUUGCUUAAUUCAUUUACAUGAAUAAGUUAUUGAUAUUAUGAUAAAAUCAUAAAAUCAGAAUUAAAAAUAAUAAUUUGUUUUUUUUUUAGUCGGGAAAAAAAAAGCAUAGACGGAACAGUAAUUUAAAAUAGUGUUGGAUGUCGUAGCUCUGCUUGGCGUGAUAAUGGCACUAGGUAGAUGUCGAAUUGCAGCUCGAAGUGCACUCUCAGAGCUGCUACAUACAUUUUCACAUGAUUUUAGAAUUUAAAGGCGUGGUUAGACGGUUAUGAGAGAAUACUACUGGCGCAAUCUGAUAGAUAUUGUUAACAAUUAAGUUAUUAUUAUGAAUGUCAAGUAUUAUUAUUUAUUCUCACUAGUAGCUCGGCAAAAUGAACCAUCAAAACAAUUGCAGAUCAGUCGAUUUGUUGGAUCGUUUUAAAUUGUUGCUGUGGAAUUGCACACUAUACACUCGAAAAUGUAUAUAUCUCAUGGUAACAUUGAUAAACUAAUACAGGAACAAGUAAUCGCAGCCAGAUAGGGUAAUUCAAACCAAGAAAUAAAUUUCAGUUAAGAGCUUAAGUCUUCAUAAAAUUGGAUACAUUAUAUGUAUUUAUGUUAUGAAACAAAAUAACAAUUGCGAAGCUCGCUAAUAUGACCGAUUCCAUAAAUUUCUUUUAUUGCGUAAUUAGAUAUUGUCGGCCACGGUGUUAGUGAUGCGGAAUUUAACCUUAGCACACUGCUUUUGUAUUAGUAACUUGACGAAAUUUAAUUCGUACACGUACCUACUACAGAAAACUACAAAUAGCCUACACGACACUGAUUUUGUCAACGCCGAUCCGUUAAUUUUUCAUAAAAUUGUCAGUUAGUCAAUCAUAAGCAGGUAUCAUUAAUCAUCAAUAGUUAAGCUUUGCUUUAUUAGUGGAGAGCCAACGCAGCGAUUAACGAAAGAGUAGUAGCGUAAAACCACGUAAAAUUAAUGAAAUUUACAGAAUAUACGUAUCAAUUCUAACAGUCUUCUAUCAGGAUUGCAAUAAGUAUAAAUAAUACGUGAAUUUUGAUGGAUAACAUUUUAACUCGUCGCAGCCUGAUAGCGAAAGAUCCGAGACGUCGCUUCGUGCCCUAUCAUUUUAAAUUGAGCAUGUUCUUAUAGGCCACCGAGAGGUGCCGACGGCGGCUGGGGUCAGUUCGCGCUCAGGCUGCCGUUUACAAUAUUAAUCCAGUGUCAACUCUAAGCUCUUAUAACCUGUACCAAAUAUUUCCUUGGAAACUUAUCAUCACAUACCGUGGGCCCUUAGGGAUCCAUAGUUUUAUUCACUAUCAACAGGACGUUUGCUUGUUGCUACAAUUAUUCUGUACGAUUAAAUGAUUUUAUAAUAA